GUAUUUUGUUCUUCAAUUCUUUAUACUGUUCAUUCACACCACUAACCACUUAUAUAUCUUCCUUAUCUCAUCUUUCUUUUCUCUAAAGUUUGUAUUACAUAUUCUUUAUUUCCUUUUACUUUCCUAUUCCAUUUAAGUAUAUGUAGUUAUAUAUAGAUAUAGAUGUGAUAUAUAAUAUUUUGCAUGUUGAUCAAAUAGAUAAAAGAAAAUGGAGCAAAAAGAACAUGCACAAAACAAGCCAACACCAUUAUUCCAACUAGCUCAAAGAGACGUUCGUGGCUCACUUGAAGUAUUCAACCCAUCAUCACAUGAAACUACUGCACCGUUUCGGUCACAACCCGCAUGGCGAUCAUGGGCGGAGUCGCCACAAAACAACCCAGAACCACCACCACCGUCGCCGCCACCACCAUCGGCAGAUAUAAUUAUUAAUGAUCAUAAUGUGGGCCUAACAGCUUCUCAUUCAGGCAGAUUGCCAGCUGAUGAGAUAAAUAAGUCAUGGAUGGCCCUUAAAGAUCCUUAUCCGCCCCAGCUGCCGUCCUUUGCUGCUGCGGCACCACAGUCACCAGGGGGUGUAAUGGGUGCCGCAGAACAAAGGGCGGCUGAAUGGGGUCUGGUUUUACAAAAAGAUACUGAGACCGGUAAGCCUCAAGGAGUGAAAGUAAGAACUUCUGGUGAGGAUUCGAAUGCUAAACCGGGUUCGAAUAGGAGGGAUUCGGGUAAUUCGGUUCAGAGCUCUAGUGAUAUAUCAGAUGAUGGAUUAGGUAAAGAAAGAGGAUUCCCAAGGGUAUCGGAGGAUUUGAAGGAUGCGUUAUCGACAUUUCAACAAACAUUUGUGGUCUCUGAUGCCACAAAACCCGACUAUCCCAUUUUAUAUGCAAGUGCCGGAUUCUUCAAAAUGACUGGUUAUACUUCUAAAGAAGUUAUCGGCCGAAACUGCCGGUUCUUACAGGGUGCAGACACGGACCCGGAAGAUGUGGCUAAAAUCAGGGAUGCGCUGUCAAAGGGUACGACAUACUGCGGCAGACUACUCAACUACAAGAAAGAUGGGUCCCCUUUUUGGAACCUUCUCACCGUUUCACCCAUCAAGGAUGAAUCUGGCAAGACCCUCAAAUUCAUCGGAAUGCAAGUGGAGGUGUCCAAGCAUACAGAAGGGACGAAAGAGAAAACACUACGCCCAAACGGGUUGCCUGAAUCAUUAAUUCGAUAUGAUGCAAGGCAAAAAGAUAUGGCAACGAGUUCAGUGACCGAGUUGGUGGAGGCAGUGAAACGACCAAGAUCAGUAAGUGAGUCAACCAAUCGUCACCCAUUUGCGAUGGAUUCAAGAAACAAAACCAACCAAGAGAAAAAUGACGUGUUAAGUUUUGGUCGGAGAAAAUCUGCUGAGACUAUGUUUCCUCCACCGCCACCUCCUCAUCGCCGGAAUUCACAUGCUGGAGUCAGAACAAUCACCACCAUGCAGUCAAUCCAUGAAGUACCAGAAAAGAAGCAGAAAAAAUCAAAGCGGAUUUCUUUCAUGGGGAUUAAGAAGAAAAACCGUAAAAGUAGUGAUGAGUUUGAUGAUGGAUUCGACGGGGACAUUAAUAUUCAAGAUACUGAUGGUGAGGGUGAUGAUGAUGAUGAUGCUUUUGAGCCUCAAAGGGACGAUUCAAGGCCUGAAAGUUUAGACGACAAAGUACGAAAGAAGGAAAUGAGAAAGGGUAUUGAUUUAGCGACAACACUUGAACGUAUAGAGAAAAACUUUGUCAUUACAGAUCCAAGACUUCCCGAUAAUCCCAUUAUUUUCGCAUCAGAUAGCUUCUUAGAGUUAACUGAGUAUAGUCGUGAAGAGAUUCUGGGAAGAAAUUGCAGGUUUCUUCAAGGGCCUGAAACUGAUCCAUCAACUGUCAAGAAAAUAAGAGAAGCAAUUGAUAACCAAAGAGAGGUUACUGUACAACUCAUCAAUUAUACGAAAACUGGCAAAAAAUUCUGGAACCUGUUUCAUCUUCAGCCUAUGCGUGAUCAAAAGGGAGAAGUACAAUACUUCAUAGGAGUGCAAUUAGACGGAAGUCAGCAUGUUGAGCCACUUCACAAUUGUAUCCCUGAAACUACUGCUAAAGAUGGCGCACUUCUGGUGAAAGAAACUGCAGAAAAUGUUGAUGUAGCAGUACGAGAACUUCCAGAUGCUAAUAUGACCCCAGAAGAUCUAUGGGCAAAACAUUCGAAUACAGUUCACCCGAAGCCUCAUAGAAAGGAUACAUCAGCUUGGAAAGCUAUUUUAAAGGUUAUGGAGAGUGGAGAAAAGCUAGGACUGAAGCAUUUUAAGCCGAUAAAGCCUCUAGGAUCUGGUGAUACGGGUAGUGUUCAUUUGGUUGAGUUAUGUGGAACUAGUGAACUUUUUGCUAUGAAAGCAAUGGAUAAAGGUGUCAUGAUCAACCGUAACAAAGUGCAUAGAGCUUGCGCAGAAAGAGAUAUCUUAGACGUCUUAGACCAUCCUUUUCUUCCAGCAUUAUAUGCAUCAUUUCAGACUCCAACUCAUGUUUGUUUGAUCACUGACUACUGUCCUGGCGGGGAACUUUUUAUGCUUUUAGAUAGACAACCGAUGAAGGUCUUGAAGGAAGAUGCCGUCAGAUUCUAUGCUGCAGAGGUGCUUGUGGCGUUAGAAUACCUUCAUUGUCAAGGUAUUAUAUACAGAGAUCUGAAGCCAGAAAAUGUAUUGAUACAAAGCACCGGACAUGUAGCUUUGACAGAUUUUGACCUUUCUUGCUUGACAUCUUGCAAGCCUCAGCUUUUGAUUCCAGAAAUAAGUGAAAAGAAGAAGAAGAAGCAUCAUAAAGGUCAUCAGAAUCCCAUUUUCAUGGCUGAGCCAGUGCGGGCUUCCAAUUCUUUUGUUGGAACAGAAGAGUAUAUAGCUCCGGAGAUUAUAAGUGGAGCCGGGCAUUCUAGCGCAGUGGAUUGGUGGGCGCUUGGUAUUCUUCUAUAUGAAAUGUUUUACGGGUACACACCAUUUAGAGGAAAGACGAGGCAAAGAACAUUUGCCAAUGUUCUUCAUAAAGAUCUCAAGUUUCCUGGUAGCAUAGCGGUAAGCCUUCCAGCCAAGCAGUUGAUUUAUAGAUUGUUGCAUAGAGAUCCAAAGAACCGGUUGGGUUCACACGAAGGUGCAAGUGAGGUGAAACGACACCCAUUCUUUCGUGGUAUCAACUGGGCUUUAAUUCGAUGUCAGAAUCCUCCUAAGCUGGAGACUCCAGUAUUUGGAGCAAAUGCAGAUCAAAACAUCAAAGAGGUUGACCCUGGACUUAAAGAUUUGGAGAAUAAUGUUUUCUAAAAGUUGUGGAAACAUUUUGCCAUUUUGUGUGUGUUUUUUUGUUAAUUUAGUUUAUGAUUUUCAGUCAAAGGGUGUAAAAAAGGGAUUUCAAGUACUUUUUGUUAUGGAAUUAUAGCUUAAAGAAAUAAAUGAUAAUUAACAUUAUUUGUGUUA